CGGGCACUUCCUCUCAGCAGCAGAGUGCCCAGAGCUGGGAGCUACUUCAGUUGACUUUAUCCGCCGGCGUCUGCUACAAAGAGGCACUUCGCUGUGAAUCUACCGCCUCAUCAUGGACUACUGGAGUGCCUUGGAAGUGUACUGGGAGAUGGUGCUGCUGUAUUUGGAGGAGGCACGUCAUCAGGUGAACUCCCGCUGCAGUGAACUGGAGCCGUGGCAGAUCAUUGGAGUGAGCGUUAUCACAACAAUAGGAGCUGUGUGGAUCAAAGGAUUCCUCUUCCAACAAGAAAGUCUAACGUCACGAAUCAAGAAGCAAUGUUUUCGCCUCAUCAGGAAAAUACCAUUUGUCGGCAAUGCUAUCCAGAGUCAGCUGAACAAGGCGCUGGAUGACAUGUCAGUGAGUCUGUGCACACUUAAAGAGGGGAUGAGCUAUAUGCAGCAGCUGCCAUCUAAAGGCCUGUCCCAAAACCAGGUCCUGGACAAAAUCAAAGAAUACCAGACUCUGAAUGAGGUGCAGUGGGAGAAAGGCUGUGUGUCUGGGGCUGUUUACUGGGGAGACGAGACUUUAACCAAACUCCUUAUUAAGGUGUAUGGGGACUUUGCCUGGAGUAACCCGCUGCACCCAGACAUCUUCCCGGGUGUCAGAAAGAUGGAGGCUGAAGUGGUGAGAAUGUCGUGUUCUCUGUUUCAUGGUGGACCCAACUCCUGCGGCACGGUGACCUCGGGGGGAACAGAGAGUAUAUUGAUGGCCUGUAAAGCAUACAGAGACAUGGCCUAUGAACGAGGAGUCAAAUACCCUGAAAUACUUGCACCUGUUAGUGUCCAUGCGGCCUUCGACAAAGCAGCGCACUACUUUGGGAUGAAGCUCGUCCACAUUCCCCUGGACAAGAAAACCAUGAAAGUUGAUGUGAAAGCCAUGAAACGAGCCAUCAGCAAAAACACAGCUAUGCUCGUGUGCUCUGCUCCUCAGUUUCCUCACGGCGUCAUUGACCCCGUACAGGAAGUGGCCAAGCUGGCAGUGAGGUAUAAUCUGCCUCUGCAUGUGGACGCUUGUUUGGGAGGAUUUCUCAUCGUUUUUAUGGAAAAAGCCGGUUUCCCACUGGCACCUUUUGACUUCAGGGUGAAAGGUGUGACCAGUAUCUCCGCUGACACACACAAGUACGGAUACGCCCCGAAAGGCUCCUCUGUGAUCCUGUACAGUGAUAAGAAAUACAGGCAGUACCAGUACUUCGUUGCCCCUGACUGGCAAGGCGGAAUCUAUGCCUCCCCCUCCAUCGCUGGAUCACGACCUGGAGGGAUCAUUGCUGCCUGUUGGGCCACUAUGGUGCACAUGGGCGAGACUGGAUAUGUCGACGCCACUAAGAAAAUCAUCACCACAGCACGAAAAAUUACAAAAGAAAUCCGUAAGAUACAAGGCGUGUUCGUAUUUGGAAAUCCAGAGGUGUCUGUAGUGGCUAUUGGCUCUGAUGUUUUCGAUAUUUUCCGUUUAUCAAAUGCACUGACGUCAAAGGGCUGGAAUCUGAACACACUCCAGUACCCAUCCAGUAUCCACAUUUGUUGCACAGUCCUGCACACUCAGCCCGGAGUCGCAGAUCACUUUGUUAAAGACGUGAGAGAGGCGGUUGCUGUGAUCAUGAAAAACCCCAAGGAGAAGACCACAGGAAUGGGAGCGAUCUAUGGCAUGGCCCAGUCGAUUCCAGACCGGUCAAUGGUCACGGAAAUCUCUCGCGGUUUUCUGGACUGUCUCUAUGCAACUGAGGUCUCAAAAACCAGCACUACCCACAUGAACGGGAACGGUAAAGCCCACUGAAAACCCAAAUGUGAGCCACGAACUGGGCUUUGAUCCACUGCAAACAGGGAAACCACGCUCGCCUACCCCUGCUCUGAUGCCUUAUCUGAACUGAAAACAUCUGCGGACAAGCACAAACCAUCCAGGUUUUAAUUAUUACUCUGCAAAAACUGGAUAUCUUGAGUUUAAAUCACUUGAAGAGUUAUAGCUUGAUGUGUGUAGUUGAGUUUACAUUGAUUUACUUUGUUGGUCUGCAUUUUAUGACUAGAGAUUUCAAAAAAUUAUAUCCACAUAUUUAUUGAUUCUAAAAGUUACAUCUAAACUUGAUAUUCAGGACCUUUCCUGAUUAGUUUUAGUCUUCUUGAUUUAUAACAAAACUAGUAUAAGACCACAUGCUAAUCUUGUAUAACUACAAUUGUAGUGCGCAAAAUACUUUUUAUCAUUGUGGUAUCAAAAUCAGUAUCUAGUAUCAGGCCUUUUCAUUAGAAACAAAAUUGUUUUAAUACUGUAACAAACUUCUGACUGGUUUCAUCAGAUUUCUUAUUGAUUCAGACUUGUUCUUUAUACCCAUUAGUGGCUACUGUGGGAGUCAAACUAGAACUAUCACAGGUAUUUUUCUCAAGAUGAGAAAAACAUUCAAACAACACAUUUAAACCUAUCAAAACUACUCUGAAACAUGUCCUAAAAUCUAAUCUUUUAAAGUAAAAUAAUGUAAACUAGUCUUAACUACACAAGAUAUUUUAUUUUCUGAAUUCAAGUGAUUAACUCAAGAUAUGCAGUUUUUCCUGAGUAAGUUCUAAGGAGAUUUGCUUUUUCACUUCUCCAGCAGCACAGUGGAGAAAACAUACUUUAAUCAGUAAUAAUUUUGUUUAUUUCAUUAGUUUUUAGUUUUGUUUCCAUGUAAACAUUUUCUCUGUACUUACUGAUUUCAUUGCUCAACCAUUCACCUUUUUGUAGGUCAUAACAUUUCAACAGACCACUGAAUCCUAAUGCAAACUGCUAUGCUGCCCUCUAGCUGUAGCCUUCUGCACUGUAACCAUUAGGGCUUUGUCUGAUAAUGGUUGAAAGCAAUACCUGAAAAUAGCAUUUAGUCUGUUGAAGCACUGCAAUGCCCUGGUAGAAUAUAUCAGGUUAAUCUACAAAUAACUUGAAAUUUCAUCAUCUUUUAAAAGCAUGAGCAUGUUCGUCCUUGUUUGGCACUUAGGAAACAUUACAGUUUAAAAAUAACUGGUGUGUCUACAUUUGACACAGAAGAAACAUAUGGGACAUUUUAGUUUUAUUCUUAAUUUGAUGUCACUCUUUGAGAUGUCCUUAUACCACUAAUCUGCUCUAAGCCACAGCCAAUUUAUCAAAUACCUUAAUAAUUACCCAUCUAAACUGUAACACGGUUAAUAGUAUUUAUUUCAAUGUUUAUUUAGAACACAUUGAUAUAAGAACUGCAGCCCACCUCAAACCACUGUCGGUCUACUAACUAACAUGUUAAUAAACAUUGAAAUAACUAUGACACAGAAACCUUAGGGUUGCCAUUGCUGCCUGUUGGGAUUCUCUUCCCAUCAAAACAGUUAAGGGUUUUGUCUUUAUUUUUACUUGCAGUUGACAAUAUCCAAGCAUGUCAAACAAGUACAUUUCUUCCCCAUUAGAUUAACCAACAGAUUUCUCUGACUGGCAAACCAGUUAUGGCUCAUGAUCAUAAAAGCAGUGAUAAAUGUAUAUGUAUGUUCUGUUAUUAAUAAGUUAUAUGUUUAUAUAAAUUAACUCUUUAUAUUGCAGCAUUCUGGUGUAAGGAAACACGCCGUAUUUCUUCUGGUUGUGUAUUUUCUGAACACACGGGCUUUUAGCUGUAACCUACGCCAAAACAAGAGCAGGCAACAACAGCCUUCUCAACUCACAAGAGCCACUAGUCUCCAAAACAGACCAGUAACUGAACCUUCACAUUAACUUGUCAGCAAAGUAACCAAAUGUCACAUGCAAAAGCAGUUACAUUAACAACAACAACAACAACACGUUAACGGUUAUAAGAACAACAAAAGGAGUCAACUCUGAACUAAACACAAAAUAUCAGAUCAUUACAAUAUUUACAUUAAAAUUUACUAAACCACCAAGAGUUGAGUGCAGCUGUACUGGCAUAAGGACAUCUUAACCAUUAGAGAUGUUGAAACCGGAGGGCUAGAGGAAUCCAAAGCUUUAUUCACAAAACCAUUUAGUUUUCAUCAAUCCAUAAUGACUGUUGGGACUAAUACUGUCUUAAGUAAGUAGCUAAACACACUUACAUUUUGUUUGUCUUUUAAUUCAAUCUACCUCAGUUUCUAACACCAUUCAAAUUUAACCCAUUACUAACACAUUUUUUUAUUUUCUAUCAUGGACUGUACAACAUUGGGGCAUUUGUUUGAUACUGAAAACGAGCGGUUUCACUGUGUUCUCAUCCACAGACUGAUGCAUUCAAGUCCUGUCUGUAAUUUUGAUAUUUUCAUAAUUUUGUUGUUUGCAUUUGUGUGUCCCCUGAAUUAAUUUAUGUUUGUGCAAUAUGUAACUUUUCCGACAAGGAUUGCUCUACAUUUUGGAGAGAAAUAAGAUGGUUUCAUGUAAUCUAACCAUUUAUGUGACCACUGGGAGUUUUAUGUUGAAUGAUUAGUUGAAUGUAUUUUUAUCAUGUUUAAAUAUCUUCAGGUUUGCAUAACAUUAUAGUCAGUGCCUGGUUUAGACCUUUUUAACUAAUAAUUCAGUCAUACAAACUGUGUCCAUGAUUAGGGCCAGGAAACUAAGCAAAAACGUUUUUAUCUUAAGUCAUGCUUGAAAGAAAAUUGUGUCAAUUCAAUGGCAAAAUCACUUUUUUAAAUAAAACAUUAAAUGCUAAUAUCAUUUG